CACAAGUUGAUCUACAGUUUUAGAUCACGUCUGACCUGAAGAACACGGAAUAAUUUGAUCAGGAUUAGGACAGUAAUAUUUGGGAUGCACAUUAUUGAAAUGCUCUGCUGUGAAUGUGAAACUCUUUGAUUUAAAAACAGAAUACUGAGUGUUAAAACGUGAUUAGUGAACUGAAAGUGAAACUUUGAAGAAGGAUUUUGACGUGUGGCUCAGAAAAUGGCGUCUAAAUCUUUUUCUGAGGAGGAUUUCUCUUGUCCUGUGUGCUGUGAUGUUUUUAAAAAUCCUGUUCUUCUGUCCUGUAGUCACAGUGUGUGUGAAGAGUGUAUUCAGAAGUUUUGGGAAAGUAAAGGAUCGAAAGAAUGUCCAGUUUGCAGAAGAAGAUCAUCAAAGGAACUUCCUCCAUUAAAUCUGUCUUUGAAGAACCUGUGUGAGACUUUCUUACAGGAGAGAAGUCAAAGAUCUUCAUCAGGAUGUGAAGCAGUCUGCAGUCUUCAUGAAGAGAAACUCAAACUCUUCUGUCUCGAUGAUCAACAGCCGGUGUGUUUGGUGUGUCGAGAUUCCAGAACACACACAAAUCACAAAUUCUGUCCUGUAGAUGAAGCUGUCAUCGAUAAUAAGGAGAAACUCAACACUGCACUAAAACACUUACAGGAGAAACUGAGAAUAUUUGAGGAGUUUAAACAGAAUUUGGAUCAAACUGCAGAACAUAUUAAGUUUCAGGCUCGACACACAGAGAGGAAGAUUAAUGAGGAGUUUGAGAAACUUCACCAGUUUCUACAUGAUGAAGAGGCCGCCAGAAUAACAGCACUGAGAGAGGAAGAGGAGCAGAAGAGUCAGAUGAGGAAGGAGAAGAUUGAAAAGAUGAGCAGACAGAUUUCAUCUCUUUCACACACAAUCAGAGUCAUAGAGGAGCAGAUGACAGCUGAAGAUCUUUCAUUCCUACAGGUGGAAACAAUGAACAUUUAUACAACUUCAAUAUUCAUUAUACUGGAGACAAAUGUCAGUUUCAAACAAUAAAAGCAAAUUCAGUUUGGAUGAAUAAUCUGUGUUUCUUUCUUUUUACAGAACUUGAAGAGCACAAUGGAAAGAACCCAGUGUACACCAGCAGAUCCAGAGAACAUUUCAGGAGUUCUGAUCAAUGUCCCAAAACAUCUGAGCAACCUGAAGUUCACUGUGAUACAGAAGAUGCAGGAAAAUGUUCAAUACACUCCAGUGACUUUGGACCCCAACACUGCUCACUGUAAACUCAUCGUGUCUGAUGAUCUGAUCAGUGUGAGACUCAGUGAAGAGAAACAGCUGCUUCCUGAUAAUACUGAGAGAUUUGAUAUGUAUCCGUCUGUUUUGGGUUCAGAGGGUUUUAAUUCAGGGAUUCACUGUUGGGAUGUUCAGGUUGGAGACGGUACACGCUGGUUUUUGGGUGUGAUGACAGAAUCUGCUCAGAGGAAGAAGCAAAUAUUCUCCAGGAGUGGAAUCUGGUGUGUGAUGUUUAAUGGCGGUAAAUAUGUUGGAUUCAUUACACCUGAUCAAGGAUCUCGUCGUGUCUCAGUGAAAGAGAAACUCCAGAGAAUCAGAGUUCAGCUGGACUGUGACAGAGGAAAACUGUCAUUCUCUGAUCCUCUCACUAACACACACAUACACACUUUCAGACACACGUUUACUGAGAGAAUAUUUCCAUGGUUCACUGUUGGCUGUAAAAUGUAUCCUCUGAUGAUCUUACCAGUGAACUCCUCUGAAAAAAAGACUUAAGAAUGAAAUUACAGAUUAAACUUGUAUCUACAAAAGUUGAGUUUCUGUAGAAGACAGACUAAUCAAACGUGUCUUUGUAGCAUCAGCUGUUAAUUCAUUUAUUCUGACAUGUUUUAAUGCUUUUUAAUGAUGCUGGCUAAGAUGUGAAUUCAUAUGUGAGAUCAGUGAUUUACUGAACAUCUUAAUAAUGUGAUCUCGGGUUGUUAUUGAUCAUUAUAUGACAGAACAGUUGAGCUGGACUGUGACAGAUAACACACACACACACACACACACACACACACACACACACACGCACGUUUAUUAAGAGAAUAUUUCUAUUGUUCAAUGUUGUUCGUGACAUUUCUUCUCUAUUGAUCUUACCAGAGAACUAAAAAAGAAAAUCUUAAAUGAGUCUCUAAAGCACAAAGUCAGAAUAAGUUUGUUUUGUCUAUUAAUUCCUUCACUUGUCUUUUCUGCUGUUAAAAUACAAAUAAUCAAAUCACACUUUUAUUCAUGGUUGAAAAAUAAAUAAUUGUGGUUGAAGAAAUGAGAAUAUCUCAUGUGAGUAACGUCAUCAAUGUAACUUCAGGAGAACAUGAACAGAGAAACACAAGCAGAAGCCACAACAUCAGAACAUAUUUCAGACUUUAUAGUGAUCUAAAGCGAGCGGUUCUGCGGACUUCACAUUAGUCCACAUUCAGAACUGACGUCUGAACAACCUUGAAGACAAAGAUAUUAUCAUCAAUAUUAAUUAUUGUUAGUAUUUCACUAUUUUCUGCCUUUUUAAGUCUUUUCAACUCAACUGUAAUUUUUUACAAUCAAAUAAUAAAUAAUUU